CGAUCCCCCCGCAACUCCUUCAUCCGGCCCCCGUGUGCUACAUUGUUCAGAAGGACCUCCGGCUUUCGGAGAGGCUUUCCGCGGGUGGGGGAAGUGGCUGUAGGGAAGAAGGGGAUUGUGAAGCUUACCUUCUCCGAACUUUAUUUAGGCUUUCAAGAAAACAAAGUCAAGUCUCGUCGGCCGAUUUCUAGUUGAGCAGCUAAAAUUUAAGAACCAUGGAGCAAUACCCUGAUCUGCAAGAAGACCUGAGUCUUGAGGACACCAAUGAGUCUCUUAACCAGCUCAAAUUGGCUUCUCUAGAUGAUAAGAACUGGCCACCAGAUGAAGUGCCCGUUUUUCCAAAGUCAGAUGACACCAAGGGCUCCCCUGAUUCUGUCACUCACUUGCGGUGGGAUGACCCAUACUAUGACAUCGCUAGGCACCAGAUUGUGGAAGUAGCAGGUGAUGACAAGUAUGGUCGGAAAGUAAUUCUGUUCAGUGCCUGCCGGAUGCCUCCCAGCCAUCAGCUUGAUCAUGUGAAACUGCUGAGCUAUUUGAAGCAUACAUUGGACCAAUAUGUGGAGAGUGACUAUACCUUGGUCUAUCUGCACCAUGGCCUGACCAGCGAGAACAAGCCAUCCCUGAGUUGGCUGCGGGAUGCCUACCGGGAAUUUGACCGCAAAUAUAAGAAGAACAUCAAAGCAUUAUACAUUGUGCACCCGACCAUGUUCAUCAAGACACUUUUGAUUCUCUUCAAGCCCUUAAUCAGCUUUAAGUUCGGCCGGAAGAUUUUCUAUGCAAACUACCUGAGUGACUUGGAGGAGCAUGUGAAGCUGGAGCAGCUGGGAAUCCCAAGCCAGGUGCUAAAGUAUGAUGAAUAUCUGAGAUCACUGCAGAAGCCUUCCCAGGCGCCUCAGAAGGUAACACCACCCCGCCCACCACUGCCAAACCAGCAGUUUGGAGUUUCUCUCCAACACUUAAGGGAGAAGAGUACAGACCAGAAUCCUGUACCACUGGUGGUCAGAGAGACCAUUGCGUUUCUACAGGAGCAUGCCCUUACUACCCAAGGGAUUUUCCGACGAUCAGCAAACACACAGACAGUUAGAGAGGUUCAGCAGAAAUACAAUAUGGGGCUGCCUGUGGACUUCCUUCAAUAUGAGGAUGUGCACCUCCCAGCUGUGAUACUGAAGACCUUCUUGCGGGAACUUCCUGAGCCUCUUCUCACCUUUGGUCUCUACAGUGAUGUUGUCAAUUUCUACAGUGCGGAGGAAGAAAAACGUGUAGAUAUUGUUCGUAAAACCCUUCAGACACUUCCAGAGGAAAACUAUCAAGUGCUUUAUUCACUGAUGUCCUUUCUUGGGCAGGUUGCUGCUAACAGUGAAAUCAACAAGAUGACCAACACAAACCUUGCAGUUGUUUUUGGCCCAAACCUGCUGUGGGCCAAAGAUGCAGCCAUAACCCUCAAAGCCAUCAAUCCUAUCAACACCUUCACGAAGUUCCUACUGGACAACCAGAGGGAGCUUUUCCAGAAUGUGGAGGCUUGAUCUCGAGCCUGCCUGUACUCGCAUACCCUGUGUCCACUGUGACCACUUCCUCCCCUCUCUUUCUGCAUCCCCAUUUUCCUUUCUGUCUUGUUACAGAGCUGUGGCCAAGUCUGGGGAAGCUCCAGGUGAUGAGCAGAGUGAGAGGGCUUGAGGAUGUUGUAGGUGCGCGUGUGUGGGGGGAGGGGGGAUCAUGUGAGGUGGGAAGCAGGCUUUCUCAUCUCUAAAAAUGCCUUGGCUGUCCUGUCUUUCUUGGUAGUUAGUGACCAAGCUGCUCUUAACUGCUUAAGUUCCCUUCUUUUGCUGAGUUGAUCCCAUCAAAUGGCUCUCCUUGGAUCCUGGUAGAAUUCCCACCUAUUGAUACCUGUGUGAUCUGAACUAAUACAUGUUGCUUUGGUGAUGCUUUUGCAGAAGGGAAUCUACUUUAGUUUCUCUUCUCUGGACUGUGUUUGGUCUCCAUAUGUAGACAAGUCAGGCAUGCCUGAGCAUUUCUCUUGGAAGACUGAUGAAGAAUGGAUUUGCAAGCUUAGGACAAAGUUAUGUUGUAAGAGAAGAUUGCACUGUUCUGAGAGCACUCAACUUUUCUUAACAGUGCCUACAAAGCUAUUUGUACAUUUCAGGGAGCUCUGGCACAUACUGUAGGUGUUCUUAAAAUUUCCCUAUACAGUAGAAUUAUCUCCUUCCAAUAUUAUGGAACCCGCUUAUCUGUAGUGUUCUCCUGCAGGAGACUACCUGCCAGCAGAAUUUCUCUCCCAAACUAGCCUUGCCUUUCUCUCCUAAUUGGAAAUGUGACUGUUUGGUUUGGCAGGGGGAGGGGGCUUCCUCCUGACUCACAAGUUUCUAGGCAUUUUGCAGGGGAUGUCUGCCCUGGUGGCAUUAGCUCCCCGAACUGUCAAUGCAGAUUUGCCACUGCCAAUUCCUAUGACUGAAGCACAGGCACUGUACAUGAUGACCAGCAUCUGUUUCCCUUGUUGCAGCCACUGGGGUUACUUUUCUUAGGCAAAAGGCUGGUCACUGAGACCAAAUCUUAUACAGAAAUCACCCUGCCCUAUAUACUGGACUCUCUUGUGCCAAAAUUGGGGGAGGGUGAGCUUUCUCAUUCAAACAAUCUAUCUUUGAGUCCUUGUUGGGCUCAGAUGUAGUUCUCUAAUAUUGCCAGAAUGGCUUUCAUGUACUGUUCAUUCAGUACAUGGUGGUAUGACAUGCGUAGCCCUUCAGUAUAGCUAGUUUCUUGCCCAACUGAACUGUUCCCCUUUCAGACCAGGGAAUUGAGCCAGUUUGGGCUCUAAACCAGGCUCAGCCAUUCUCCAAGCACAGAUGUUCUAAGCCAAUAUUGUUUUUAUAAAAUAGCAGUUUCCUACUGGAUCUGCAGCAGUUUUUGCUUUUAAAUAGAACUGUAAAGGAUAUCUUACUGCCGGCUGUCUUCUUAUGGCUUUUUAACCUGUAUCUAGCACAAAUUGAUCCUGUAAAAAAACAGGUUUAGCGUUAUAAAAAGGUCAGCAGUGGUUUUUACACCUGUCCAGAAUCUGUACCAAAACACUUGUGUAGAUGCAUAAUGGGCUACUAUUUAAAAAAAACUGAAUAAAGGCCCUUGGUUUGAUGUGACAAAUGGUCAAUAGAUACCAGCAAGUGGACUGAGAUGAUCCAUGGCCACAGCUCAGCCAUGCCCAUUCAACUGGCUCUAGCCAUUCUUGUGGCAGGAUGUGGAAGGAAUCCAAAACCAGAGAUGCCUGGGGAUGGCAAAUGGUUAAAAAUGAGGGAAUGGUGAGCAAAUUAGAGGAAGCUCAUCAUCCUGUAUAGUCUGUAUUGUAUACAGUGGUAAAUCUGACAGAAUAGAAACUUUUACUGCAUUAGGGAGUUUGGAAUCCUGAAAUUCUGAUGUCCUGUUCAGCUGAGUCAGGAGAACCUUUCACCAAGGAUGCUAACUGAGGAAGUGAAAAGUGGUGGGUGUCGUGAGCCCUUGCCUUCUGUUGUUUUUUGCGUAGAAUGCAACUUUGGCAUGGUUCAAUGAGUGGCUGAUCAAUGAACCUUCACAUUUCAGAAAUCUAUGAGCCCUUGCUGACAACCACUGCCUAGUUCCUGUUUUGUGAUGUGCCAUGGUGAAUAGAGCCUAGGUUCUGAAUAGAGACUGGAAAAGUAAAGGCCCAGGUACCUGAGUACUCAGGUCUGCAGGUUCAGCUGCUACCCUCAAACACUAAUUCCUGGACUACUUUGAGGAUUAAGAACAAGGCUGGUGCAGUUCUAGAAUCAAGUCGGAGGUCAGGCAGGUAGUAAGCGGAAUGUUUCGGGUUAUGUUGCCAUGGCUACACAGUUAAGCUUUUAUAAAUUUCACACACUUUAAAAUCCUGUGUAUUUUUUUCUAAUGUCAGAUUGCAAAACUCUGUAUUACUAGGAACUACGCUCACAAAAAGUGCACUCGCAAAACCCUCAAAGUGAGCCAGUGUAAAUAUCUCCAUUGCUUUCUUUACCUUGCUAGAGCUGCCAGGAUGUCUGGAACAUAUGAUUGCUUUGCCUCAUUAUUUUUGUUCUGCCAUUUUCAAAACUAUCAUCACUGUGGCUGGUCUGUGGGGCAGCAUGCUGGACCUGACUGUACUUUUAAGAGUGGUGUGUGGGUCUGGGCCUGUGCCAGUUAGCUUUGCACUACAUUCCCGUUCAGAUUUUGAUCACUAGUGUGCGCUGUCAGAAUUAGGGUGGCAGGCCUCUAAAUAAGCCAUCGGAAUCACUAGAGUACCACCGUGUCAUGGGACCAGUUAUCUGCUUGCCUCCUCUUUUAAGAGGCUGAUAUCCGGUUGGUCAUGGCUUCACAGUUUGUCCUUCGAUGCCCCUCCAGUGUUAGUUCUAAGGCCCCCUUGCUGCUUGGCUUCUAGGUUAAAUAUUGACCACAGUGCUUCAGUGGAGUGUUUCAUCUCCACUUAUCCCUUGCUUGCCUGAUAAUGUCUAUUGGUGUCUUGGAACCCUUUGGACACAUUCUGUGCCCUCAGCUGCAACAGGCAGUCCUGUAUUCAUACUGAGGUUUUGGGUGAUGCAGCUGAGGAUGCCUUAGGAAAACUCUUUGCUGACACAGCAGAGAUCUUUCAUGGCCAAAUGGCCCCGGUCGCUUGCUCUGUUUCUAGGGUCCUUAUGCACAGAUUAUAGCUUAGCUUUUUGUUGUUAUCCUCUGUAUUUUUCAUUCUUAUCACUGAUGUUUAUUGGGAGCAGGGCUGGGGUUUUUACUGUGACAUUAAUUUACACACCCAUGUUUAUUUCCUUCUAAUGGUACCAAUCUUGUAUUUCACAGUUUGCACUUUUUGUACUUCAAUAAAGACCCAAAGCCAAUAUCA